AUGCAAGGAUACACCCGCAUUACGAACCUCACCAUCCAUUCAACGCAAAGAUGCGCCGAAACUGGAGACUGCCUAUGGGGAACAGGGUGCGACGACAUCCGCCAGGACACCUUUGUUACGGAUCUAGCGGAAGCAGGAGGACUCUUCAAAGGAUGUGAUCUACCAGUAGAAGGAUGUAUACUAUUUAGUCCAACAUACAAACCCGAGUCAACAGAAGUCUAUGAAGAAAUCAAGUGUGGACAAUGGUAUCAGCAAGUAAACAUUCAGAUGAAAAUUGACUAUCACAACAAUACUCACAUAAACGAACUUGCUCUACAACCAUACGAGAAAUAUGAUUUACAUGGAGUCACACUCCAAGUAUCAUCGAUAUCUUUACAGGUUACCACUCAUUUCAUUAACCAGCUAUUCCUAGUAUCCCAAAAGAAAAGUUUCAUGAUCCCGGAACAGAAGAAACCAGCAACUAUUUGUGGAAACGCCCAAUCGGCAGCAUUUGAAUUCAAGAAAUGCUAUAUCAGGAAACCUUGUCUUUGCCUCGGGGCCGCAGCCCAACUCUCUUGUAGUUGCGAAUCAGCAUCUAACAGAAAAUUGGAAGCUUUCAAGAUACCAAAGAAUUCUCCUAAUUUUAGGGUUAUGAACAAAGCCGAAAACAAAACAGUAACAUCAUUUAUGGAAGAAACAACCAUCAGUAUGGAAAAUCCAGAUUACAACAUGGAAAGGCUAUACAUAAACAAAAACCUUGUUUUUCGGACUUCCAAACUAUAUCGGGUUGCUAUAAAUGCCAAGACGGCGUGCAACUAA